AGCCCCUCUACCCUAAAGUAGAAAGCAGUACAUCUCUACAAAUUAGCAGCAAGAGCAGCAACACCUCCAAAGAGAGCAGCGACUCCCAUAGCACCAGUCUAUUAAUAUCAAAUCAGCUUUGUUCACUUAACGUAGAUGGAUAAAAGAGGGGAGUGAGCAUACCUGUAAAGCAGCACCGGCGGUACUAGAGCUAGAAGCAAGUGUCUUCGAAGCCGAGCUAGCAGAAGCAGUGACAGAAGACAAGAACGACGAAGCCUCAGACGCCAACGAGGAAGUGAUUGACGAAGCCUCGGACGCGAAACUAGAAGUGAUGCUCGAAGCCUCGGAAGCCAGCGAAGACGUAAUGCUUGAAGCCACCGAAGCCAACGAAGAAGUAACGGACGGAGCCUCAGACGUAACAGACGAAGCCUGGGACUCGAUCGAGGAAAGCGCAGAAGAGACCACGGACUCAAUCGAGGACAAGGCGGAGGUCGGAGCGGCGGAUUCGCUGGACUCGAUGGAGGGCAGGACGGUGAUGGGCGAUACAACAGGGGUGCUGCUGAAUGACUCCGUGGGGAUACCCUCCGAGGGACCAACGGCCGCGGUUCCGGUUGAGAGAGCGGCGGGUGUAGUCAGAGCUGAGAUAGAGGGGACUUCGGUGGUGGAAGCGGUGACGAUGACGGUAGUCAGGAUGGGCAGGACUGCGGAGUACGAAUCCAGGGCGUCGGCGAUCACGGCAGCGGCGAGGUGCUCGAAGCCGGACUCGAUGGCGGAGACGCCGGUGGCGGUCGCGGUGAUGGCGGCGUACUCGCUCGAGAGGCUGGAUUCGAGGGCUGCGAAGUUGAUUUGCGCCUUUGUUUACAUGUCGGGUUAGUGGCGCGCGAAGUAAGGGAGAGAAGGGGGAACUUACGGAUCCUACUCCGGUGAGGAGGGAGACGGUGAUGAGGUUGGUGAGUUGCAUGAUUGCGGUUUGUUUGGGUGACGGAUGAGAGUUGUGUGUUGUGUUGUGUUUGGGUUUCGAGGGAAGAGGAGGGGAAAUAUUUUUGAUAUUAGAGCGCGUUGUGGUCGCGAGAUCGAGAGCCUUGCCGAUUUUAUUGUUUUUCCGUUUAUUGAUAGGUUGCAAUGGCGUCUGUUGAAAGCGAG